AUGGGUCUCGUCGUUGGCUUCAUCCACUCUGGCAUCAAGAAUCUUUCCAAGGGUGAAAAGGUCCUCUACUACUUCCUCGCUCUCUUCAUCUGGCGUUAUCUUCGCUUUUGCAUCAACAUCAUCGGCUUCUGGACCUACAAAGCUGCCCCCAUGCCCAAGAGCAACGCCAACUACCACCCCGGUCGCGAUGUCACCGUCGUCAUUCCCACGGUCGAUCCCCUCGGUGUCGACUUCCAUGAGUGCCUCACUAGCUGCGCUCGCAACGGCCCCCGCAAGAUCAUCAUUGUCACUGCCGGAGAAGAUCUGUAUGAGAAGACACUCGGCGCUGUAGCUCCCGUCAUGGAUGAGUUUCCUCUUGUCAACUUUCUGGUCACCCGUACAGAGAUCGCCAACAAGCGCAAACAAGUUGCCCACGUCAUCCGCUACAUCAACACCCCGAUCACAGUCCUUGUCGACGACCACGUCUUCUGGAACUCUCCCGACCUUCUCAAGUCCCUGCUUGCCCCCUUCGAAGACAACCAAGUUGGUAUUGUUGGUACCAAUAAGCGGGUCAGACGUCUCGAAGGUCUUUCUGUCUGGCGCCGCUUCUGGAACAUGCUCGGUUGCCUGUACCUCGACCGUCACAACUUUGAGAUCCGCGCCACUAACGCCAUUGACGGUGGUGUCUUUGUCGUUUCCGGUCGCACAGUUGGCAUUCGCACUUGCAUUCUCGAAGACAAGCAAUUCCAGGCCGGCUACCUCCACGAGAUGUUCUUCUUCGGUCUUCUCGGACCUCUCAACCCCGACGACGACAACUAUAUCGCCCGCUACAUGGUUACCAACGGUUGGAAACUCAGGAUUCAGUAUACCAACGACGCAGAGAUCGAGACCACCGUCGGUGUCGGCGAGCCUGUCCACACCAAGUUUCUCGGUCAGUGCCGCCGUUGGGCUAGAUCAACUUGGAGGUCCAACGCCAGCAGCCUCUUCACCGAAGGCACUGUCUGGGCCACUCAGCCUUACUGCGUCUACGCCGUCUACCUGACCAGCUUCACCAACUUUGCGCUCUUCACCGAUGCCGCCCUGGUUUACCUCUUCACCCAGUCUUCCUGGUACUUCGACGCCGCGGAGCCCAAGUACGCCCUCGCCGCUCUUCUCUCCUGGAUUAUCUUCACCAAGACCAUCAAGGUCUUCCGCUACUUUUCGACCUAUCCUCAAGACAUCUGGCUCUUCCCCGCCUACGUCCUCUUUGCCUACUUCCACUCUUUCAUCAAGCUCUGGGCCCUCAUCACCUUCUAUGACCACGCCUGGUCCGGCCGCAACCUCGCCGCUUUGAACAAGGGCGAGAAGAAGGACGACGCCAAGGAGCUGCCUCCUCAGGGCCUCUGCGACGACGGAGAUAUUAGCGACUUGGACAUUGGUCCUUCCGAAUCUCCAGUUCUCUUGAAGCCCAUGGCCCCCAAGGGGUCCCAGUCUGCCACUAUCACCAAGGCCUAA